AGGCGUUUCUCCUCAUGCCCAUUAUUCAUUCAUCCGUCCAUCAUUCCGUCUGUCCAUUCAUCCACCAUUGCUCACAAGGAAUUCAGAACCACCUAAUAUCGCCGAUUAUGUUUCGGAGUUUCUUAACAUGGCCAUAGCUAUUCAGACCUUGGAAGAAAGGUAUAUUGAUUCCUGCAGUAGACUUGAUGUAUUACCAAAUCCUGCAAUUUUGUCUGGUCUCUUCAAGGCCGAUGUUAGAAAGAAUCGGCGGGAAUCAUGUACCCUGGAGAUUCUAUUGGAAUACUUGAAGGACAUUGAUUUCAACCCACUUCUUGAAUUGUGCCUUGAGAUUAUUGAGUCUGAGAUUGAGGCUGUAGACAUACGUGGUGGCUCAGCAUGUGUGUUGAAUGGAGAAUAUGCUUUGGCACUGAUGCGUACUAUUGGUCAAAGGCUUCGAUCAGUUGAUCUUCAGGAUACAUCAUUUGGAAAGGAGUUCUUGCGGGAUCUUGCUCAGAGAGGUUUGACAUGCCAAAUUUUAGACUUCAGGACCUCGCAUUUUCGAAAGCUGAACAUGAUGGGCGAGUUCAUGCGAUUACACACUCUCAAUCUUGACUAUAGUAAUUCACUCUCUAGUUUCAAAGAAGAUUGUUUUACUUGUAUGCCCAAUCUGAGGUGCCUUUCAAUGUGUGAGACAAGAGUGUCAAAUCUCUGGAUGACUGUGGCAGCACUUUCUAAACUCCCUUCUCUGGUGGAUCUUCGGUUCCAAAAUUGGUUCUGUUGCAAUGAUUCUACUCAUUCUUCUGGAUCAACCGAUCGAGAUGACAAAACUGAUUUCUUUCAUCUGAGCUGUAGUUCAUCAAUUAGAGCUUUCAGUAAUGUACUUAUAAACCCUGAUUCUCAAAUUGUGAUAGAGGAUUCAUCAGAUGAUAGUGAAAUGGAUUUCUCAAGUCAGCAGCGUUUAUAUGAUUACGAGGACCUAUUCUCAAAUGUAGCUCCUCGAAUGGAUGUAGAGAUUGGUCCUUGGAAUGAGGUUUCUCUUGAGACAUUGUUGAAUAAAAGAGAAGAAGUCUCUGCUGGUUUUCUGACAAGGCAUGUUUCAGGUGUUUCAUUGAAGUACAAAUCUUGUAAUGCUUCACCGAUAUGCUUUGAGAAGCAUUACAGGGAUUUCAUGAUAGCUUUAUUACCACAGUUGAAAUUUCUGGAUAACUUAUCCAUCAGGAAGAUUGACCGGGAAACAGCUAGUGUUAUGUUUUCACAGAACUUUGAGUACCUGCCAUUCAAAAGGAAGCAUAAAGAGAGUAUUGUUAGUAUCUUGCAGAGACGCGAAAUAAAAGCUAGUAACUCUCAUGUUAGGACUUCUAAGCAAAAGCCAUCAUAUACUUUAGGAACAUCUCAAUGUUCCUAUACCAGGUCCCUUUGUGCUGCCAAAGUUGGAUCUUCUGCCUGGCCUUUUGUGCAUACACUUUCCAUUUCGAGCAAUGAUAUUGGAGAUGAAAAUACGUUUUUUCGUCCCAGGCAGUUUGAGUACCAUCCAUCUAUUCCUCACCUUAUGGUCUUUGGAACCUUAGAUGGUGAAAUAGUUGUCGUCAACCAUGAAGUUGAGAAGAUCAUUAGUUAUAUUCCAUCAUUUGGGGAUAUGAAUAGUGUGCUUGGACUUUGUUGGCUCAAGAAUUAUCCUUCCAAGCUCAUAGCUGGUUCAGAUAAUGGCUCAUUAAAGCUGUAUGAUAUUAAGAAUAUGCCACCAAAAGUUGCAGAUGCCCAUUACAGUGCUGGCACUGUGAGCUUUGAUGAAUUUGACCAAUUGACAUCUGUUCACGUUAACUCUAUGGAUGAACUAUUUCUUGCUAGUGGAUAUUCAAAAAAUAUAGCGCUCUAUGACAUCACUAGUGGAAGACGCUUGCAGGUUUUCACAGAUAUGCAUCAAGAGCAUAUCAAUGUUGUCAAGUUUUCAAACCAUUCCCCAUCAAUAUUUGCUACAUCUUCAUUUGACCAGGAUGUCAAGUUGUGGGACUUGAGGCAGAAACCCAUACAGCCUUGCUACACUGCUUCAAGCUCAAAAGGAAAUGUGAUGGUUUGCUUUUCUCCAGAUGAUCAUUAUCUUCUUGUUUCAGCUGUUGACAAUGAGGUUAGGCAGCUUCUGGCUGUUGAUGGGAGGGUCCACAUGAAUUUUGAGAUAGCUUCUACUGGAAGCUCCCAGAAUUAUACUCGUUCCUAUUACCUGAAUGGAAGGGACUAUAUUGUUAGUGGGAGUUGUGAUGAACAUGUAGUUCGCAUUUGUUGUGCUCAAACUGGGAGGCGUCUCAGGGAUAUAUCUCUGGAGGGAAAAGCCCCAGGGACUUCCAUGUUUGUGCAAUCUUUGAGGGGUGAUCCUUUUAGGGAUUUCAACAUGAGCAUCUUAGCUGCGUAUACGCGUCCAAGUUCAAAGUCUGAAAUUGUCAAGGUGAAUUUGCUGGCUUCAACAGACUAUUAUUCAAAGGAAGAAUCUCAUGAUCGGCUUGCUCGCCCGUCAAAAAGAAUGGGAGGUUGAUAUAAAUUCAAAGGUGCCCUGAAAGAAGGUUAAUAUCUGGACCAGGUUUGUGAGCUUGAUUCCAGAAAAUUUCAAUGUAGUGUUUGCAAAGUAGGUGAAACCUUAGUAAUCAGCCAAAACAGAUAUAUGAAACCCCAACUCUUUAUUCACUCAAGUUGUAAACGUAUAUUUUACUUUAGUGUAAAAUAGAACCUUGGAUUCCA